AUGCGCAUCGUCCACGAAUCGCAUAAAUUAACCGAGACCGGGCUCGGCCAGGGCGGGACCCCGGAGGACACGAACUUGGCCCCGGAGAUGGAAGUCACCAGCGAGGGGUCCUGGCUUGCCGAUCUGGGCGGGGAUACGUGGGCGACGGAGGGGAUCGAUCCGCAACUGCUCACCUCCGCCGCUGGGAUUUUCGCCCAGUGCGUCGCACCCGAAGACAAUGAGGAAGGAUUUGGACUGGAUAAUUGCAGUUUAAUCAUUCUUGAGCGACGAGCAUAG